AGGGGGAAGUGGGUGGGAGCCGCGGGCCAAGUCUCGAGAGUCGCCGGCAGCCGCAGGACGCUGGGCAGGUGGGAGCCCGCGUGGUCCGGGCCGCGAUGAGCAAUGGCAUCGGUCAAGGUGGCCGUGAGGGUCCGGCCCAUGAAUCGCAGGGAAAAGGACUUGGAAGCCAAAUUCAUUAUUCAAAUGGAGAAAAGCAAAACAACAAUCACAAACUUAAAGAUACCAGAAGGAGGGACUGGGGACUCAGGAAGAGAACGGACCAAGACCUUCACCUAUGACUUUUCUUUUUAUUCUGCUGAUACAAAAAGUCCAGAUUAUGUUUCACAAGAGAUGGUUUUCAAAACCCUCGGCACAGAUGUUGUGAAGUCUGCAUUUGAAGGUUAUAAUGCAUGUGUCUUUGCAUACGGGCAGACUGGAUCAGGAAAGUCAUACACUAUGAUGGGAGAUUCUGGCGAUUCUGGCUUAAUACCCCGGAUCUGCGAAGGGCUCUUCAGUCGGGUAAAUGAAACCACCAGAUGGGAUGAAGCAUCUUUUCGAACUGAAGUCAGCUACUUAGAAAUUUAUAAUGAACGUGUGAGAGAUCUACUUAGACGGAAGUCGUCCAAAACCUUCAAUUUAAGAGUCCGUGAGCAUCCAAAAGAAGGACCUUAUGUUGAGGAUUUAUCCAAACAUUUAGUACAGAAUUACGGUGAUGUCGAAGAGCUUAUGGAUGCAGGAAACAUCAAUCGGACCACCGCCGCCACAGGGAUGAAUGAUGUCAGCAGCAGAUCUCACGCCAUCUUCACCAUCAAGUUCACGCAGGCAAAAUUUGAUUCUGAAAUGCCAUGUGAAACCGUGAGUAAGAUCCACUUAGUCGACCUUGCUGGAAGUGAGCGGGCAGAUGCCACUGGUGCCACCGGGGUCCGGCUGAAGGAAGGGGGGAACAUCAACAAAUCCCUCGUGACCCUGGGAAAUGUCAUUUCUGCCUUAGCUGAUUUAUCUCAGGAUGCAGCAAACCCUCUUGUAAAGAAGAAGCAAGUUUUUGUGCCUUACAGGGAUUCUGUUUUGACUUGGUUGUUAAAAGAUAGCCUUGGAGGAAACUCUAAAACUAUCAUGAUUGCCACCAUUUCACCUGCUGAUGUCAAUUACGGAGAAACCCUAAGUACUCUUCGCUAUGCAAAUAGAGCCAAAAACAUUAUCAACAAGCCUACUAUUAAUGAGGACGCCAACGUCAAGCUCAUCCGUGAGCUGCGAGCCGAAAUAGCCAGGCUGAAAAUGCUGCUUGCUCAAGGGAAUCAGAUUGCCCUCUUGGACUCUCCCACAGCCUUAAGCAUGGAGGAGAAACUUCAGCAGAAUGAAGCCAGAGUUCAAGAAUUGACCAAGGAAUGGACAAAUAAGUGGAAUGAAACCCAAAAUAUUUUGAAAGAACAAACUCUGGCCCUGAGGAAAGAAGGGAUUGGGGUUGUUUUGGAUUCCGAGCUGCCCCAUUUAAUUGGCAUCGAUGACGACCUUCUGAGCACUGGAAUCAUCUUAUAUCACUUGAAGGAAGGUCAGACAUAUGUUGGUAGAGAAGAUGCUUCAACAGAACAAGAUAUUGUUCUUCACGGCCUCGACUUGGAGAGUGAGCACUGCAUCUUUGAAAAUGUCGGGGGGACGGUGACACUGAUUCCCCUGAGUGGGUCCCAGUGCUCUGUGAACGGUGUUCAGAUCAUGGAGGCCACGCACCUCAAUCAAGGUGCUGUGAUACUCUUGGGAAGAACCAAUAUGUUUCGCUUUAACCAUCCGAAGGAGGCCGCCAGGCUCAGGGAGAAGAGGAAGAGUGGCCUUCUGUCCUCCCUCAGCUUGUCCAUGACCGACCUGUCCAAGUCCUGCGAGAACCUCUCUGCCGUCAUGCUGUACAACCCAGGACUUGAAUUUGAGCGGCAACAGCGUGAAGAACUUGAGAAAUUAGAAAGUAAAAGAAAACUCAUAGAAGAGAUGGAGGAAAAGCAAAAGUCCGACAAGGCUGCGCUGGAGCGGAUGCAGCAGGAGGUGGAGACGCAGCGCAAGGAGACGGAGAUCGUGCAGCUGCAGAUCCGCAAGCAGGAGGAGAGCCUCAAACGCCGCAGCUUCCACCUGGAGAGCAAGCUCAAGGACCUGCUGGCCGAAAAGGAGCGGUUCGAGGAGGAGAGGCUGCGGGAGCAGCAGGAGAUCGAGCUGCAGAAGAAGAAACAAGAUGAGGAGCGCUUCCUCCGCGUCCAGGAAGAGCUCCAGCGGCUGCAGGAACUCAACAGCCACGAGAAGGCCGAGAAGGUUCAAAUAUUUCAGGAGCUGGAGCAGCUCAAAAGGGCAAAAGAGGAGCAGUGUGUCAAGCUGGAGCAGGAGAAGAAGCGGCUGGAGGAGCAGGAGAAGGAGCAGGUCCUGCGCGUGGCGCACCUGGAGGAGCAGCUCUGGGAGGAGCGGGAGCUGGUCCGGCCGCUGCGGCACGGGCAGGCGCAGCGCGCGGAGGAGGAGCGGCAGGACCUCGAGGGCAUCCGCGCAUCCCUCCUGCGGGCCAAGGAGGCCGGUGCCGAGGGGCACGACGACGGCCGGGAGCUCGAACGGGCGCAGCUGCGUUUCUUAGAGUUCAAGCGAAGGCAGCUGGCCGCGCUGGCCGCCCUGGAGAAGGAGCUGGUUCAGCAGAAGGACCUCCUGAGAAAGGAGGUGGAGGACGAACGUGAAAUCCUAGAGCGCUUAAAAUCUGGCAGCCAGGAAGAAUCGAGGCUGUCGUUAAAGAAGGACGAUGGUGUCGCAGAUGUCCCCCACACGGCUGGAGAUGUGGAGCGGAUCAAGCCGGCGGAGGGGAGGCUGCAGUGUAAGGAGCGCCAGCUCCAGUAUCUCCUGCAGCAUCAUUUGCCGAGGCUGUUGGAAGAGAAACAGAGAGCCUGUGAGAUCCUCGACCGAGGUCCUCUCGGCCUGGACGACACUCUCUACCAAGUGGAGAAAGAGAUGGAAGAAAAAGAAGAGCAGCUCGCGCAGUACCAGGCCAGCGCCAGCCAGCUGCAGAAGCUCCAGGCCACCUUCGAGUUCACGGCCAACGUGGCCCGUCAGGAGGAGAAGGUGAGGCGGAAGGAAAAGGAGAUCCUGGAGUCCCGGGAGAAGCAGCAGAGGGAGGCGCUGGAGCGGGCGGUGGCCCGGCUGGAGAGGAGGCACUCUGCCCUGCAGCGGCGCUGCGCCCGGGGCCUGGCGGCCGAGGAGCAAAGGCCGAAGCCGGCCACCUUGACCACAGGCGGCAGCGAGCUGUCCGGGCUCCGGGCCGGCCUGGGGGCCGAGCAGGAAGCCCUGGAGAAGGACCGGGAGAGGUUAGAACGUGAAAUCCAGCAGUUGAAGCAGAAGAUCUGUGAGGUCGAUGGUGUUCAAAAAGGGCAUCGUGGGACCUUGGAGGGAAAACCUGCUUCUUCCAGCUUGCCAUCCAGUGCUGAAAAGUCUCACCUGGUCCCCCUGAUGGAUGCCAGGAUCAGUGCUUACAUUGAAGAAGAAGUCCAGAGGCGCCUUCAGGAUCUGCACCGUGUGGUUGGCGAUGGCAGCGGUGCACCUGCCGAGACCGUGAAGGAUAAUGAGAAACUUCACAAUGGCACCAUUCAACGUAAGCUAAAAUAUGAGCGGAUGGUGUCUCGCUCUUUGGGAGCAAAUCCAGACAACCUGAAGGACCCCAUCAAAAUUAGUAUUCCACGCUAUGUUCUCUGCGGCCAAGGGAAGGACGAGCACUUCGAGUUUGAGGUCAAGAUCACUGUCCUGGAUGAGACGUGGACCGUAUUCAGGCGUUACAGUCGUUUCCGAGAAAUGCAUAAAACGUUGAAGUUGAAGUAUGCAGAGCUCGCGACUCUUGAAUUCCCUCCAAAGAAACUAUUUGGAAACAAGGAUGAACGUGUGAUUGCUGAGAGGCGAAGUCAGUUAGAGAGGUACCUCAGGGACUUUUUCAGCGUGAUGCUCCAGUCAGCGACGUCCCCGCUGCACAUCGACAAGGUGGCGCUGACACUGUCCAAACACACCGUGUGCGAGUUCUCGCCGUUCUUCAAGAAGGGCGUCUUCGACUACAGCAGCCACGGGACGGGGUAGGGCCGGUGAUGGGGCCACGCCACGCAGUGCCUUCUCGUCCGAGCGGCCCCCCAGCCAGGGGCCUGGACCCCUCACCGCUUCCUCCUAGUGCCUGAGCGGAGCGCGGGGCUGGGGGGCCGGGCUGGCUGACGGUGACCUUGACGGCGGCCGUCCCUGCCCCUCGCGGGUGAAUGUGGCCUUCUCCCUGUUGUGCGCAGAAUCCGUCCCCAUGGCUCAUCACCCUGGGCCCCCGGGGCCGAGCCAGCCUGGGGCUUCCCGAGGUGGGUGGCUGACCAGACCUCCCUAAUGACUUUCAUCUGGUUUCCUCUUUCACCAAAAUACACUCUUAUUUUUUUAUAUUCCCUCCAUGUGGCUGGCUCCCAAGAAAAGCAUUUUAAGUUAUUUCAUUGUAUUUUGCUUUUUCCCCAUUUGAGUCUGAACUUUUUACAUAAUCCCUAAGCACUGAUGUUUACACAGAAUUUUGUAUUCUGCAAAAGGGAUUUUCGGUCCAGUCAUGACUGGAGUCUUCCAUGCUUGACACAUUGGAUGUAGGUGACAUCAACUUCUAUAAAUCCAUUCAAAUAGGAUAUUUGUUUAAUCUUGAAUAUUCAAGUUUUUCCCAAAUGGCGGCCGUGCACUCUCAAGCUUUCUCCGCUAAGCACAAAACGAACGCCUCGCUGAAUGCAUAUUUUUAAACAUUUUGUUCACAUUUUUGUUACUGAAUCUACUGGAUCUUUAGCUGAAAGACCAGAAUUUACUGUAGUUUACUAACUAUCCCUUAAAUCACUCAGGACUUAAUGUAGCAUCACACAUCUAUGUACAGUAAAACUGCUUUGUUUUACUAAAGAGAAAAAUGUGAGAAGAAAAAAUAUAUAUGUGGUAUAUAUUGAAAUGUAUAUAAUUCUACCUAU